GUUCAUUGUUGAUAUGUAGUUGAAGCAUCCGGUCUACUUUUGAGUACUAUAUGAAUUUGUGUUGAUUUCUAUCUGCUCUGCACACAGUUCUAUGUAUUUUCUUCCUGUAAUGUGUUGAUCUAUCUCUUCAUAUCAUAUUUUUCUCUUCCCAUAGUUUGGUUGCCUCUGAACGGUGCGUUUUACUGAAUAAAAAUGAAAAUGUCUUAAUAUGGGACCCCCAAACUUCUCCUUACAGGCUUACACCAUAUUUCGCCGAUCAAUGUGGAAGCGGACGAAUCUGAUGGAUGUGUUGUUGGAUGCAAGCUGAGCGAUUUCGGGGAGGAUUAGUACUUAGGAGGGCUGGGUGAGGGACGAACCCAACAUCCUCUGCUCUCUAGCCUUCGCCAAACUCAAGUCUUAAUUCUUUGUGGAUAUUUCUCUUACAAAUGGUACAUCUAGCAAGCAUCCUAAGAUUGAGAGUUUGUGGAGCUAAGUGAAUAAUGACCCAAGAUUAUAUCCUCAGGAAAGGCUUCUCUAUUGUCAUGGCUGAAGUAAUUGCUUGAUGGCUUUGAUAUUCAGGUCACAUUUCUCAAGGGAAGCGAUUUCGUGUUUUACUUUCUAAUUCUAUUAAUUGAAUUCAGCUGCUUUGAUUGUUGGGUGGUCAGUGCUGCUUCUGUGCGCUCACUAUUAUUGAAGAUAAUGACGCUAUAAUCUCAAUUUUCAGCCUUUAAGUUUCUCCUUUGACGUUUUUGGUGGAUCAAUACAGAAAUCAGGAAAACUCACCUUGUCACAGAGUGAUACAUUGUCUACGUUCCUUAACCAGUUCACUUGGCUGUAUAUAGCAUCCUAAAAUUAAGUCUGUGGAACUAUGAGAGAUAUAUAGGACCCAAGACUUCAGAUCCUCAAUCAGGAGAGGUUUUCUAUUGUCAUGGCUGAAUUAACUGCUUGUUUUGAUGGCUCUGAUAUUCAGGCAUCCUAAAAUUAAGAAUCCAUUGAACAAAGAGAGACCAAGAAACAUCUUCAGAGGAGGAUUCUAUUGUCAUGUUGUUUGCUGAGUAAUAUUAUCUCAUAACUAAAACGAAGGAUUAUUGAAAAUUGAAAGUAACAUCAUAAUCACUGUGGUGUUUUUCAUUUUUCAGUUGCCUACAUUUCCUGUUCAGGUGUGUCCCAAUUUCCUGCUUUUUCUUUCUGAUUUUUCUCUGUGAACACUGACCAAUGCUUUUAUAAUUGUGGUCCUGUAUUAAGUAAAGAGUCCUCACGUAUAAGAUACAGUUAAAGUGUAAUAGAAAUAGACAAAGUUGCUUAGGCAAGCCUUAACUAUUUCCAUUGUAUUAAAGCAUCCAAGGUAUUAUUAUGUGUUUGUUGUGCAUUCGUUGUGGUAGCUGUUACAUUUUGAACUUUAUAUGCAAUUUAGCAUAUGAGAUUAGCAUUCUUCUCUUUGUCCUUUGAUGAAUUAUUAUUUGUUUGUUUCUAAAGCCUCUUGAAUGUCAUAUUGAUGUCAUCGCAACCUCACCUUUGACAUUUUUGAAGGAUCACCCUGGAAAGGGUGAAAAACUCACCCUCUCAAUGAGUGACAACAUUGGCUGCAAUAACUUAUUCACUUGGUUCUAUAUUGCUCUUAGACACUUUGGCACUUGCAGUGGUGCAAAUGUGGAAGUGAUAUUGUAAUGGAAGCUGCUUGUUCAUGGAGAUGCUAGUCAACAGAGAUCACCCAUGAUCAAGUGCCUCGUACUAUACAUGAACCAACAAAGAGUCGCCUGUGUCUAGCCUUUCAUGUACCUAGGAAAGGAAUUGUUGAGGUUCGGUAGAUGAGAACUAGAUUAAUUGUUCCUUCUUCCCCUUCAGUUCACUGAGUUAAAGAUAACAGAUUAGCAGAAACUACUCUUUACACCAAAAAUAGCACAAGCCUGAUAGAAUGGUGGUUGUGAUCUUGCCACAUUGUCAGCAGAUGAAAUGGUGGUAAAAGGCGUUGAUAUGGUGCAUAAAGCUCCAUGGGAAGGUUUAAGUGAGGAAAAGCAACUUAAGCGCAACAAGGGUUUGGAAGAAGUAGUUAGUGGAUGGACUUCGGCCUGUUAUAAAUGGAAUUUGGAUAGCCAUUGGGCUACAAAAGUACAAAUGGAUAAGAACUAGGCUUAAGUGCACUCCUUGUGACUAUCCAUGUGAUGGACUUAAAUGGAGUCUUUGUUUAGUUGCCCAUGUUGGAUUGGAAUUAAAUUUAAUGAAGUUAUUUCCUUCUUUGUUAAAUAUAUCCAUGUACAUUCA